GCCAAGAGGACAGAACGAACAUACUAGUAUAUCAGAUCAUUGAUUUCUUUUUUACAAAUCCUUCAAAAUGCGUGAAAUCGUACAUCUCCAAGCUGGUCAGUGUGGUAACCAAAUUGGUGCCAAGUUCUGGGAAGUAAUUUCUGACGAACAUGGCAUUGACCCAACUGGUACCUACCAUGGUGAUUCAGAUUUGCAGUUAGAGAGAAUCAAUGUAUACUACAAUGAGGCCACUGGUGGAAAAUAUGUUCCUCGUGCUGUCUUGGUCGAUUUGGAGCCAGGUACCAUGGACUCUGUGAGAUCAGGUCCAUUCGGACAGAUCUUCAGACCAGACAAUUUCGUUUUUGGCCAGAGUGGUGCUGGUAACAACUGGGCUAAAGGUCACUACACAGAAGGUGCUGAGUUAGUUGAUUCAGUCCUUGAUGUUGUCCGCAAGGAGGCAGAAAGCUGUGACUGUCUGCAGGGAUUCCAACUUACACACUCCCUUGGUGGUGGUACUGGCUCAGGUAUGGGUACACUCCUCAUCAGCAAGAUCCGUGAAGAAUAUCCAGAUCGUAUCAUGAAUACAUUCAGUGUUGUACCAUCACCAAAAGUAUCAGACACUGUUGUUGAACCAUACAACGCCACCCUCUCAGUUCAUCAACUUGUUGAAAAUACAGAUGAAACCUUUUGCAUUGACAAUGAAGCCCUCUAUGACAUUUGUUUCCGUACCCUGAAACUAACAACUCCUACUUAUGGUGACUUAAAUCAUUUGGUAUCUGCAACCAUGAGUGGUGUUACUACCUGUUUGCGAUUCCCUGGUCAGUUGAAUGCUGAUCUCCGUAAAUUGGCUGUCAACAUGGUACCAUUCCCACGUCUCCACUUCUUCAUGCCUGGUUUUGCUCCAUUGACCAGCCGUGGUAGCCAGCAAUACCGUGCCCUUACUGUGCCAGAAUUAACCCAACAAAUGUUUGAUGCCAAGAACAUGAUGGCUGCCUGUGAUCCACGUCAUGGUCGUUAUCUGACAGUGGCUGCAAUCUUCCGUGGCCGUAUGUCCAUGAAAGAAGUUGACGAACAGCUUUUGAACGUCCAGAACAAGAACAGCAGCUACUUCGUUGAAUGGAUCCCCAACAACGUGAAGACUGCUGUUUGCGACAUUCCACCCCGUGGUCUUAAGAUGUCCGCUACCUUCAUUGGUAACAGCACUGCCAUCCAAGAGCUCUUCAAGCGUGUAUCCGAGCAGUUCACUGCUAUGUUCCGUCGUAAAGCUUUCUUGCAUUGGUACACUGGUGAAGGUAUGGAUGAGAUGGAAUUUACUGAAGCUGAGUCCAACAUGAAUGACUUGGUGUCUGAAUACCAACAGUACCAGGAUGCAACAGCUGAAGAAGAGGGUGAAUUUGAAGAGGAAGAGGAUGCAGAAGAAGCAUAAACCACGAGAUGCAAAACAAACACUAUUUCCUUUUUCUAAAUAUUUAUUUCGGUGUGAUAAAUUAUGAUCGUAAUCCACCAUCUAAAAGUAACGUCAGAACACAGGAAGCUAAACUGAUUGGCCAUGUAUGUGGUAUAAGAGAAAGAUCUUCAACUAUAAUUUCUCUUAAUCUUAAUUCUUUCUAUGCACAACUUUCUUCUGGGCCCUUGUUCUGUAUAAACGAGAUGGACUUGACACGCAACCACCUUUUGUGUCUUACAAUUUAUAGACAAUUCUGUAUUUCUUUGUACAUGUAUAAAAUGUCAAUAAAACGUUCAGUCCUCGUAUAUUAAGUUUAUUACUGCUCUAUCGCUGAUUGAUUAAACAGUGAAUUACUCCCA